AUGAGCAGCCAUCUUCCGCUGCCCAAGCCAAGCGGGAGCGGUGGUGGCGGUGGUAGUUUCCUGAGCCGCGCUGGAAGCUUUGCUCGCCGUGACCGCGAUAUCGAGGCGGGCUCAGCUACAGGUGUACAACGCAAAAAGUCAAUGGUGCGGCCAGAGCGUGAGCGUAUGGACCCCAACCACCGGCAAUGGCACUAUCGUAACCAUGCUGCUCAGAUGGAUAAUACACAUGGCUCUAAUGUAGCCUACAUGCCAUCAUCAACAGGUCAUAUGCCGCACCAUGGCGCUGCGCCGUCAGGGCAAGGCUUUGUGGCAGGUAUGGGACCUGGCGGCGGUGUAAGUGGUCUCGGCCUGGCAGGACAUGGCGGCCCACAACCCCAACGCCAUCCACAACUGCGUCGUGGUAAAUCUAUUUUGGGUCACAAUGAAGACAAGGUGGAAAGUGGUAUCCACUUCCUUCGUCGUGGCGUGAGUAUGCGACGUACCGCUCCUGGCAACCCAGACUCGAGGCUCAAGGAGGGUCAAAACGAUCCGCCGCCCAAGGAUGGCUGUUUUGACUGGAUUGCGCCGGGUCCUGUGGGCCCAUGGAUGAUUUACAGUUGGUUCGUGACGUCGUGCAUUACCAGUCCCUGCCUUCGCAUGGUCGGCAUCAAGACGCCUGAGCAGCAACGUGCGUGGCGUGAGAAGAUGGGUCUAAUCAGUAUUAUUUUGGUGCUCAUGGCCAUUGUUGGUUACAUUACCUUUGGUUUCACACAGACUGUAUGUGGCGUCCAAAAUCGAUAUGACCUGCAUGACAUUUACUUUGGCACCGAUGCUGCUCCCAGUGUGCUUAUGGGUGGUAAGAUGUUCACUUUAGAUAAAUGGCAUCACCCUGGAUUUUCUGGUGAUCAAGGUUAUGCGGAUCUGACCAACAAAUCUCUCACCCCUGCUGAUAUUGCCAAGUAUGGCUCCAAUUACGGUGCCGAUUUGAACUUGAUUUUCCAACAACCUGGCGGUGCUUGUGAAGGUGUACUGAAGCCCACACAAACCAACCCUCCGCGCUACUUUGAAUGCGCAAUUUUGCGAACUAGAGAACAGUACGGUACAACACAAAUUUUCAAGAGUAAUGAUGCGUGCCACGACGUUUCGACAAGGACCAAUAUGAUCAAUGGAAAGCCAGGUUAUCCCAGAGUUAUGGGUGAUGCAUAUGUUAAAUGGGAAGAUAUGGCGAAUUACACUAACCACCUGAUGUUUUGGCGAAGUCAUGCUAUUGAUAUCACCAUUCUGAGUCAGAAAGAACCUCUGGUUCAGCUUACAGACUUCAUGACAAAAUUGACCAGACCAGGUCCCUUCCAAACCAACUGGACAGGCAAAGAUAUCACGGCACAGGGUAUGCGUGCCGGUCUUACAAAGGAGUUGGACUGCUUGGCUCAGCUGGGGAGCAUUGCUUCGGUCGAUGUCGAUUCGUACGGUUGUAUUGCGUCGCAAGUGGAGUUGAUUCUUUCCAUGAUUUUCAUUAUCGGUGCUGUGGGUAUCAAAUUCAUUAUGGCCGUGGUUUUCGCAUGGCUGCUUUCUUGGCGCAUUGGUAACUACGACAAUGAGUCGUAUGCCCAGCGCAUGAAGCGUAUGAACGAGGUCGAGACGUGGACGGAUGAUAUCUACCGCCCUGCGCCUGCGGGUUACCGCCCCAAUGUGAAGAAGUCAUUCCUUCCCACGACAAGUCGCUUUAAUCAGGCGUACCAGAAGCCACAGGCCAAACCUACUACGCUGGAGCGCAAGAUUGCUGCUGCGCGUAUGGGUCACAAUGGCACGCCCGUGGGAUCUCCACCUGGCUCGCCAUUGCUGACGGCCGGUCGUAGCUCGAUGUCGUUGACGCAGCCUAUGCUGCCGUCAUCGCAGUCGAUGCACUCCUCAACGUCGAGCAACGAGUCGCCAUGGGGCCCAUGUCCAUUCCCCCUCUACAAUGUGGUACCACAGCCGCCGUCAAACUACCAGCCCUUCAACUUCCCGCUGGUGCAUGCCAUUUGUCUAGUCACGGCCUAUUCCGAGUCGUUUGAAGGUUUGCGUACGACGCUGGACAGUCUGGCUACGACCAACUAUCCAAACAGUCACAAGCUCCUCUUGGUGAUUGCAGACGGUAUUGUGAAAGGUGCGGAUUCAGACAUUUCGACUCCCGAUAUCUGUUUAUCGAUGAUGAAGGACUUGAUUGUGUCGCCUGAGGAAGUGGAGGGCUAUUCGUAUGUGGCCAUCGCCGACGGUACAAAGCGCCACAACAUGGCGAAGGUGUAUGCUGGCUUUUAUGACUAUGAUGACCAUACGGUGGAGCGCUCCAAGCAACAGCGUGUGCCGAUGAUUUUGAUUGCCAAGUGUGGUACGAUGAUGGAAAUGGACAGUGCCAAGCCCGGUAACCGUGGUAAGCGUGACUCGCAGGUCAUGUUGAUGGCCUUUAUGCAAAAGGUCCUGUUCGAUGAGCGUAUGACGCAGUUUGAGUACGAGUUCUUCAAUUCUAUCUGGCGUGUAACGGGUGUGACGGCUGAUCAGUACGAGAUUGUGCUCAUGGUAGACGCCGAUACCAAGGUGUUCCCCGACUCGCUGACGCGUAUGACGGCUGCGAUGGUGGAAGAUCCCGAGAUUAUGGGCUUGUGUGGUGAGACAAAGAUUGCCAACAAGACACAGUCGUGGGUGACGAUGAUUCAAGUGUUCGAGUACUACAUUUCUCACCACCAAACGAAAGGCUUUGAGGCAUGCUUUGGUGGUGUGACGUGUUUGCCCGGCUGUUUCAGUGCGUAUCGUAUCAAGGCGCCUAAGGGUCCGAAAGGUUUCUACGUGCCGAUUCUUGCCAACCCUGAUAUUGUGGAGCAUUACUCGGAGAAUGUGGUGGACACUCUGCACAAGAAGAACCUGCUAUUGCUGGGUGAGGACCGUUACUUGACGACACUGAUGCUCAAGACGUUCCCGAAGCGCAAGAUGAUGUUCCAACCAUCGGCUGUUUGCAAGACGAUUGUGCCUGACUCAUUCCGUGUGCUGCGUUCGCAACGUCGUCGUUGGAUCAACUCAACUGUUCACAAUCUAUUGGAGCUGAUCCAAGUCAAGGACUUGUGUGGUACGUUCUGUUUCUCGAUGCGUUUCGUGGUGUUUAUGGAUUUGGUGGGUACGCUCGUGCUGCCCGCUGCGUUGGCUUUCACGUUGUAUGUCGUUGUGCGUGCCAUCCAAAUUCCUAUUGCGAAUCAAAGCAAGGUGAAGGAGCAGCGAGAAGAGUUCCCGCUUAUGCCGUUGGUUCUUUUGGCGCUGAUUCUAGGUCUGCCUGGUGUGCUGAUUGUCAUUACAAGUCGCCGCUUCAUGUAUGUGCUGUGGCUAUGUGUUUACCUGAUCUCGCUCCCUGUUUGGAAUUUAAUUCUUCCCGCUUAUGCGUACUGGCACAUGGAUGACUUUUCCUGGGGUGCUACGCGUGUUGUGCAGGGUGAAAAGAAGGGCGAACACCAUGGUGAUGCUGAUGGCGAAUUUGAUUCGUCGGAUAUGAUUAUGAAGCGCUGGAUUGAGUUUGAGCGUGAACGCCGCUGGCGCUCUGGCAUGGAGUCGCGCGACGGUGGUGACCAGGGUAGCCUGUUCUCUACACCGAACGAUGCGCCUCUGCCUCAGCUCCCGCCUGGCGCUGGCGCCAGCGCCAGCAACGCGCCCGAAGAACCGCGGCGCGUUGGAUCACGUGCUCGUUUGGACUCGGUGCCGCUCCUGGAACUGCCUGCGCCGCUGGGCACCGAUGCGCGUCAGCGCAAGGCCUCGCCGCCUACGAACGCAGUGGGCCCUACGUCCCGCCCACCAGGCCCGGCACCUCUCGGUAUGAACCCAAGUCCGAGCCCCACUCCCAAUCCGAACGCCUCGAUGGCGGCGCGGCAGCACUUGUUUGGACCCUCACCGACUAGCGCUGCGAUGCGGCCUCCACCGAUGACGGGCGCACGUCCGCCUGCUGGUAUGAUCUCUUCACCUCCGCCGCGCCCAGGUAUGCCACCUGACCCUGGCUCGCCGCCGGGCAGUACGCCACAUUCGCCGCCGCAAUCUCCACCGAUCCGGCCAAUGGCUCAGCCCAACCCGUGGGCAUCGCCUCCUCAGCGGCCCGGUGUCCCGGCGAGCUACGCGAUGCCAGGUCAGCCACCGCGUCCUCCUCACCUAAUGAACUAUCCACCGCGUCCUCCCGCGCCUGGCGGCGCUGCCUCGCCUCCGCCGCGUCCCACUCACCUCGCGAGCUUUGGCCAGGUGCGCCCCAUGGCGUCUGGCGCGAUGCCUGGCCGCCCUGGCAUGCCUACGUCGCCACCUAUGCGCCCGGUUAUGGGCCCUUCCUCGCCUCCGCCGCGUCCGCCCUCGUUGGCAGGUUUCUCGGCGCCAGGACGUCCGCCCAUGUCACCGCCGCCGCAAGGUGACGCUGCGUCGCCGCCCAUGUCGCCCGGUGCAAAUGCUAUCCGACCUUCGUCACCGCCAUUGCUCGGCCCUGGUCAAGCACCUCUCCCUCGCGCGCCUGUGCGACCUCAGGUGCCGCAAGGUGUGCAGCGUGUGAGCUUGACGGAUGAUGGUCCUGUGGCGGGCUCGUCUGGCAGCAUGCGUCAAGUGGUCCGUGGUGCACGUCGUCAAUCGUCUGCCAACCAUGGCCCUCAGCUCCCGCCGUUUGACUCCUCGUUUACUACCAAUCCAUUUGAGUCGUUGGACAGUGAGUACACGAAAAAGUAA